GCGACGAGAAAUAUAGCAAGAUCUACCAACCGCCAAUAUGAAGUUAGAUACCAAGGCUAUCCGCCACCUCACGGCCGAGGACUGGAGAGUUCUUACUGCUGUGGAAAUGGGCAGCAAAAACCACGAACUCGUGCCCACAAAACUAAUAGGACAAAUAUCUGGCCUCAAGAGCGGUGUUCAUAGAAAUAUCUCCAACUUAGCCAAGGUCAACUUGAUCGCAAAAAUUCAAAAUGCAAAAUACGACGGCUACCGCCUAACCUAUGGCGGACUGGACUACCUUGCCCUCAACACCCACCGCAAAUCCACUAGCAUCUAUAGCGUCGGCAACCAAAUCGGCGUCGGCAAAGAAUCAGACAUCUACGUCGUCGCCUCCGCAGAAGGCAUCCAGCGCGUGCUCAAAAUCCAUCGUCUAGGCCGCAUCUCCUUCCGCACUGUCAAGGCUAAUCGCGACUAUCUCCGCAACCGGACUUCUGGAUCAUGGAUGUAUAUGAGUCGUCUCGCGGCACUGAAAGAGUUUUCGAUUAUGAAGGCGCUGCAUGAGAAUGACUUCCCGGUGCCAGUACCGGUGGCGCAGAGUAGACACACGAUUGUCAUGAGUCUGAUCAACGCAUUUCCCUUGAGGCAGAUUAGCAGUGUUCCGGAUCCAGCGGGGCUGUACGCAGAACUGUUGGCAUUGAUUGUGCGCUUAGCGGGAGUAGGGCUCAUUCACGGAGAUUACAAUGAGUUCAACAUUCUCAUUGAGGAGAGGAAGAUGGGGCUUGAUGGGAAGACUCAUUCGCUGCCAGAUAUUGAGGAGGAGCAAGAGCUGGAUGCACUGGGGAAUGCGCCGAUGCUUGAAGGUGGCACAGAGGUGAAGGAGCCCACAGAAUCGAUUACGCUCGUCCCGACUAUCAUCGAUUUCCCGCAAAUGGUCUCGAUUGAUCAUCCGAAUGCGCAGUACUACUUCGAUAGGGAUGUGGCGUGUAUCAAGCGCUUCUUCUCGAGGAGGUUCCACUUCACUAGCGAUGAACCCGGUCCGUUCUUUGCAGAAUCGAUCAAGGUUGUUCAGAACCGGUUGGAUAUUGCGGUUGAAGCUUCGGGGUUCAGCAGGAAGAUGGCGAAAGAGCUGGAUGCGUACAUGAAGGAAGUCGGUGCGGAUGGUAUUGAGGGCGAAGGACGGGCAGAGGGCGAGGAGGAAGAUGAUGACAGUGAGCUAGAAGAAGGAGGAGUUCUUGUUCAGCCAGAGGUUGGAGCACUGCCGCCGACCGAAGAUGAAGAAGUGCUCGCCUCACAAGGUGGCCCAGUCACAGCUGCCAACCUAAGGCUCCUGCAUUCGAGUCUUGUCCACGGUAUGGAGGUUCUUGAUAUUAAGGAUGGAGAAGCGGCACCGGAGCUCGUUCCUGCUGUUGCUCCAUCUGUUGCUCAGUCAACCUUCUCUAAGCGUGGCGCUGCUAAGGCGGCUGCUGGAUGGUCUAUAUGAGUAUAGGAGCCCUUGUCAAAGGCUACAAUCUCCUAGUAUGAAGUGGGGUUUCAGCAUCUUCCAAGGGUCUAAAAACGGCUUUGUCUGAAAAGUUAUGCGAUACACAAGCUCCAACCAACAACAAGGAACAGGGACCAGUCUACAUUGAUGCAAUCCCAAUCUUGAGAACUGGACCAGUUGAAGACACCCCGGGCCAAGAACAAAUUUUAAGUUCCAGAGCGAGGGGUUCCAAAGGGGGUGACAGUAGACUGUUGCGAUCUCGACUUAGGGAUGGUGGAGAAGAAAGAUGGAGUACUUGCGUACUCCAAUUGCGAAUAUAUCGUAGAGCAACGAAGAAGUCCCAUAAUUUUAGGGCCAUAUCAACUUCACACAUUUCAAUAUCCUAAGCUCUUUACGUGCAAUGUAUUUACAACCGUCGUAGGGUGCUAUUUUACAGAGAUGAUCUACAAUG